AUGUGGAUCGAAGGUCAAUUGCGAGCCCUGUUGGCCGCGACGCAGUACAAAGGAGUGCUCCAUGUGUCGUUUCCCGUAACGCACGCCAAGGUGGUGGUGCAAAACCAGCCGAAGGCAAACAAGUUCAUGACGAGCAUGAAGAAGCUUUUCUCGGGAAAGCACAAGUAUGAAGUAGUGCAGUCAGUUUGGCCAUUUGCGACGGCGAAAAGCGGUGAUGAAGGCAGGAGAUGCGCUGUACAAAGUGAAGAAGUCUGGUGGCGGGAGUGGCGGGACCCGAUCAGAUACGCAGUCUCGCAAAAGAGACAGAACGGCGCAUACGUGACUAAUGAGGAUAAGCUGGAGGCUUUGAUGGAGGGCAAGGGUCAAGAUUCAAUUGACUGGGGAGGAGUUGAAGCGAUAGACAUGCCAGAUGAGGCCGAGCUGGAGGGAUAG